AUGACUGCGUCGAGCAGUCCGGAUGCAGUCCCUGGCGAGGAAUUCGAUUAUGAAGCUCUACCACCAAAUUAUGGCCUUAGCCACAACAUGCUCGCCGGCGCAUUCGCAGGCAUUGCGGAGCAUACGGUGAUGUAUCCUGUGGACUUGAUGAAGAUCAUAAAUCCUGCUGCCGGCGGCCUCUAUACCGGACUCUCCAACGCAGUAUCGACCAUCUACCGGUUAGAGGGAAUACGGACGUUAUGGAGAGGCAUUUCGAGCGUCAUUAUCGGUGCAGGUCCUGCACAUGCUGUAUAUUUCGGCACAUACGAGGUUGUGAAAGAGUUCGUUGGAGGAAACAGAGCAGAUGGCAAACACCAUCCCGUGGCUGCAGCUGCCAGCGGAGCUUGCGCAACGAUCGCGAGUGAUGCUCUAAUGAAUCCUUUUGAUGUCAUCAAGCAACGCAUGCAGGUCCACGGUUCGGCGUAUCGGUCCGUAGCACAUUGUGCACGAUCAGUCUUUCGCGCCGAGGGUCUCACCGCUUUCUACGUUUCUUAUCCUACGACAUUAUGCAUGACAGUGCCAUUCACCGCGACUCAAUUUAUGGCCUAUGAGUCUCUGUCGAAAGUCAUGAAUCCUCGAAGAGAAUACGACCCUAUCACACAUUGCGUGGCUGGUGGCUUGGCCGGUGCCUUUGCAGCCGGCAUUACCACCCCACUCGAUGUGAUCAAAACAUUGCUACAGACACGGGGCAUGAGUCAACACGCCGAGAUUCGGAAUGUACGAGGUAUUUUCAAUGGAGCUGCUCUCAUUAAAAGGCAAUUUGGAUGGAAAGGCUUCAUGAGGGGCUGGCGGCCUCGCAUCAUCAGCACCAUGCCAAGCACUGCCAUCUGCUGGUCAUCAUACGAAAUGGCGAAGGCAUAUUUCAAACGGACGUUGCGAGAGGAGCACGAGGCGCAGAUGAACAAUAUUUGA